GCCGCGGACCAACCGCGACUUUGAGCCGGUGCAUCUCGGAAGGAAUGUGUGCGUCGGAUGAGGCGCAGUUGCAGGACACGCGAGUAAAAAAAAGAGCCGCGGAGUGGAGCGCGCGUUCGCGGGGAGAGCGGUAACGCGUGACGCGCAUCGCGUGGAGCCGUCUCUCUCUCCUCCGCCCGCAAGCAGCCUGCCAUGCGGCCCCACCCCUGCUUCUCUUCUGCCCGACUCCCUCGGGAUAUUUUUAGCCCUGAUGAGGUGCCCGGUGAAAAUCACGUAACGGAAACAAGCCCAGAACAAGGAAGCAGAGUCGCUGCGAACAGCUCGCGUUGCUCCGGGUUUUUAUGCGAUCCGCAGGCGAAGGCCGCGGAGGAGAAGCGGCGUGAAAUGAAUUCGGCGUUUUGCGUGUUGCUCGUGCUUACCGGCUCAUCGCUGACAAGAGGUCAGGUCAGUGCCUCGCCUGCCGUCCUCACUCCGGCUGCCUUCCCGAGUCAUGCUGGAAGCUCAGCAUCUCCUGACCUGACAGAGGAUCCGCACAAUGAGGUCUCACAGUGGACUCACAGUGCCGAUACAACCUCAACCGAAACUACCACCACGACGAAAGCCACAGCCCACUCGGAGGCUGCGACAAAGGCCGUGCAUCAUGUAACGCAGACCCCAGCGGUUACGUCUCGGCACACAAAUGUACCCGUCGCCAUGACUUCACCAUCAGCUGCCGCAGACGACCUUUCCUCUGCACCGGCCGCAGGGAGCACCAACCCCCCGCCGCGCCUCUCAACUACUGACGCCACGGCCAUCGUGACCGUGGAUCCCUUCGGCGCCGUUUCAUCUCCGCCGGCGCACACGGAGCAGGAGACGAGCUCCACAGCUCGCGCCUCCACCGUGCAGCCACAGUCUGAAUCAUGGACCACGGCCGCGGGACGUCCCGUGACCUCCGCUCCGGGCCGGGGUGCUCCAGGGCAAACGGAGGUCCCAUCUGAGCUCAAUGUGGGAGAUGAAGACCUCAAGGGCCCCAGCUACCGCUCAAGCUCCCCUCUAGACCCCCUGCUGGCUGGCUUGCUGUCAGUGUUCAUCGUCACCACGGCCAUCGUCUUCGUCAUCCUCUUCCUCAAGUUGCGCCAGCGGACGAACCACCCGGAGUUUCACCGGCUUCAGGAUCUACCCAUGGAUGAUUUGAUGGAGGACACGCCCCUGUCCAGGUUCACCUACUGAUGGACGGAUCCUCAAUCACCCAAAGACACCAAAGGAAGACCAGUAUGGAUCUGCAGCUGCAUCUAUGCGGAUGGGUUUUGGGACAGUGAUAGGAAGAAAUAAUAUAUUUAUCUCUGGUUCCAUGAGAAGGAUCCAAAAAGUCUUUUAAAUGCGAGGUUUCAGAAGCACUUUUUUCACACAUUCCCUUUCAAUUUCCAGAGAUCUUCCGCCUAGUGGAGACUAUUGGUUUGUGUCUCUGCAACCCUGACUCUCUCCCCAUGUAUGCGUAGCAUCCUAAUAUGGCUUUAAUGGUCACAGGGGCCCCCUAGGGGACUUCUGAGGUAAUGUGGGUCACGGUUGCAUGAAGACCUUGCAAUGGAAGACACCCUCAGGUUAUCCAGCAAGAGACACACGUGGGGAAGUUUCCACAUGCUUAAAAUUAUGGACUAUAAAUAAGGAUCCCUUAGGUGACCAAAUAUGGUUAAAGUGUACUUUCACACCAAACUGCCAGGUUGAUCGUGUUGUCUUAAAGAUGAGGUCUUGAUGUACAGAUAAAAAGCCAUAUUUUUGGAAAAACACUCACAGAAGAUGGUUCAGUCAUAGCCAAACCUCAUCCAGUUGCUCAAAUGUAUUAGUCAACGUACUUCAAAUUGUACAUGGAAAACUAUUGUUGCAGCCUUUAUCUUGAAAACCAGACCACAUUUUAGACCCCUGCUUAAAAAUGGCAUACCCAUAAAAAUCGGCCCUUAUCUCCUCAACUACUUUAUCUAUCUGGAUAUAUUUUGUCAGGAAAAAGGGUAACACUGGAAUAAGAAAUUAAAAUUCUAACCAGGCCCUCGUCUCUGAGAUGUCCCCCGGAACCCUUUAACUUGGUCUGAAAACAGGGGGAAUCCUUUCAGAGACACACAAGACGUCUGUUGUGUAUAUUUAAGUCACACCCGAUUACAUUCAUAUUUUCGUUUAAAACGGCAGGGGUAAGAAACAUGUACUAUUGUAUUCGUGUAUUCAGGUGCUUUGUGUUUGUCUGAGAGAGUUACGAGUAUCGUAAGCUGCUGCUGCUUCGUGUCACGUGGUCUUCGUUAUCAUCACACUUACUAACGUUACACACUUGGACCGCUAACGCGCAAUUUGUUGCACUAAUUUCCAUCGGACAUUUUCCGAAACUCUUUUAAUACUAGUUGGAGUUGUUUGGAGCAUUUAUAAACGGAGACGUUUAUGUUGUAGCAGAGACCACCGUUUUUACGGGUGCGAGACCUUGUUUUUGUUGGUGAUGUGACUCUUAUAAGAUGGUAUAUUUAAAGGGGGCUCUUAGGGUUGUUGUGCAGUUGCACGUUAUGGAACUUAUCAUUGUGGUCUAAUUUUGGUCUUUAAAACUUGAAUUUGGUUAAGUUUUCAAUAAAAGUUGAAUCCACCAAUGCACGCUAAGAAGAGAAGGUAAAAUGCAUUCUUGAUAAAUGAGCUGUAAAAUAUAUAUUUAGGAUUCUUUGUUUCUGCACAAGACGUUUAUUCAAAUACUUUGAGUGGAGACGAUGAAGAGGCUCUGUGUAUAUGUAUCAGCUGGAGCAUCAUGCAAAUGUGCUGGAACUUAACAGUAUCAGUUUUCACAUAGUGUGUACAGUUCUCACUUUUAAGUGAUGUAUAAUGUAAUUUGCAAGAAGUUGAGAUCAAGAUUUCCCGUUUAAUAAAUCAGAAAUAAUGGUACAGCAGUCCACUGCUUACUCUGGUUUUUCUUUUGCAGUUGGUUAUUAGCAGCUUUGAGGGAAUACAAAUCCACCUGCCUCAACAAGUAAU